AUUAGUCAAUCUAAACUUGUGUUCUUUCAAAAUUUGUGUUUAAAGAGUCAUAAGAACAGAUUACGAUGAGUAUAGUAAUUAAAUUCAACACAUUGUUUUUAAGUUAUUUACUCCAUAGUAUAAGGCUAUAAGCUGUAAGGUGAGGACGAGGGAAACCGAGGUGUAACAAUUUGUUAUUACGUAGUAAAUUAGGGUUUAUCAUUCUUUAACUUUUGGAAAAAAAAAAAAAAAAAAAAAAAAAAAAAAAAAAAAAAAAAAAGCAUCUGUGAUGAUGAUGGUAUCUCGAGGAAAGGACAAAGGAGUAGAAAUUCUAAAUUCAAUCUUGUCUCUUUAAAAUUCAGAAUUUUGGGUUUAAUGUUCUUCAAUCUUCGAUCUUCCAAUCUCAAUUACAGUAUAAUCUCAUCUUGUUUUUAAUUGAUUCUUAUGGAGCCCCCCGCUACUUUCAAGGUUCCUGCAAAUGUGAAUGUUGUACAAAAUGAUGAUCAACUCAAAGAUUUCAAAAAUCAUGUGAAUCAGGUUUCUUUUCAAGUUGACAAGCUAGAGCAAAAAAUAAAUGAGAUUGAACAAUUCUACUCCAGCAACAGUAAAAAGCAAAUUAUAGACUCUAGAAACAAUCUACCGAGGGAUUAUAAAGAUAGAGGGAGACAUGUAACGACUAGGCUAAAUCAUCCCGAUUCCAAAGCUAAGAGAAUGCAGGACCUCAUCAGGCAAUUUGGUGUUAUUUUGAAUCAGAUUACUCAAAAGAAAGAUGUACGCUCUUCUCUGGAUUCUGUAGAUGUGAAUGAUCUAGGUUUACAUGAUUCCUCUGAGUCAGUUAUUGGAAAGCCCAGGGACUUCAACUCUAUAAAGAAGCGAAUGGAAGCUAAGGGUGAUAAUGGCUACAAGCAUGUUCGAGAGAUUUAUGCUGAUGUGAGGUGGGUUUUGAAGAAUGCUAUGAAAUGUAAUGAUGAAAGGAGUGAUGCUCAUGUGACAGCCAAAACUCUGCUGGCAAAAUUUGAGGGAAAGUGGCUUGUACUUUUGCCAAAAAUCAUGCAAGAGGAAGAAAGAACGGAUGAAGAGGCAGGUUUGAAACAGACUUAUCAUGCCCAGAUGGCAAAGGACGUAAGCUGUGAGCUUUACAAGGUUGAUAAGCGCCUAAAUGAACUUAGAGAACUCAUGCUCCAAAGGUGCAGGAGAAUGUCAACAAUGGAGAAAAGAGAACUUGGAAGAGCUCUGACAAAGCUCUCUGCGGAUGAUCUAACAAAAGCUUUGGAGAUUGUUGCUCAGGGAAAUCCGUCCUUCCAAGUAACCGAAGAAGAGGUGGACCUCGACAUAGAUGCUCAGAGUGAAUCCACCUUGCGAAGGUUGAAGUAUUUUGUUGUAGAGAGAUUGAAAGCUAAAGCUGAAGAUGAAGCCAAACAAUUAACUAACAUUGGUGGUGACAAAAAUGAGCGGGGAAAUGGUAAGACUCUUGUGAACAAAUCAAAGGCUUUGAAGUCGGACCUGAAGAGAAAAGCAGAGAAUAUGGAUGCCCCUGCCAAGAAAAAGACCAAAAAGGUCGGGUCAAUUUUGUAAUAUGGAAUAGUGAGUUAAGUUGCAUAUUUUCAUAAGAUAUGGUUUGACCUGACAGUGCAAGGAAAGGCACAUCUCUUUUGUUCCUUACCCCUUAUUGUGGCUAUUAGUAAAAAAAUGGUAGGUAUAGCAUCAGAUCAGUGUUGAUCAACGUUUGUAAAGAGGUAGAAUAUGAACUUAUAUACAUACAUAUAUAUAGCGAGUAUAUAUUUUGAGCUACUGGCAGUA